AUGGGCUGGUUUAGUAAGAAGGAGUAUAGCCCCGCCGAUAGAUCAUCGCGGCAGCAGUGCUGGGAAGCUCGUGAUGGGUUUUUCCAUUGUUUAGAUGGGUUAGGUGUAGUGAAUGCGCUGGAUCCCAAACAGCAGAAAAGUAUCGGUGAUCAAUGUGGCAAUGAGGAGCACAAAUUUCGUGGCUCUUGCGCCGAGAGUUGGGUUAAGUAUUUUAAGGAAAAGAGAGUUGUUGAUUACAAGAAGGAACAGUUUGUGAAAGAGAUGGAGAAGCAAAAUGCAACACCUAUCGAACUCACACCUGAGCAAAUGCACAAUCAGAGGAAGAAGUAG